UCUACUUCUGUGUUUGUCUCAGAUGGAUCAGACUCGCUGGUGGGAGCAAGAGAUUCCUAUUGGUGGACCCAUCCAAAAGGGGCAGCUGCUGACUUACAACCUGACAGAACUGAUCAAACCUGAAUCCUACCUGGUGCGUCUCACCCCUAUCACCCGAUACGGUGAGGGGGAUGCUUCUGAACGCACAAUCACAUACAGCGCUCCUGUUAACCCACAUCUCAGGGAGUUCCACUGUAGUUUUGAGGAGGAGGCGUUAUGCUCUUUCUCUCAAGACAAGUCAGAUGAGUUUGACUGGAUAAGACAGAGUGGCACCAAAGAGGGCACCACAUACACACCGAAUACAGGACCAAGCUCUGACCACACCGGCUCAAGUCAAGGCUUCUACAUGUUCAUUGAGACAUCCAGGCCCAGGCUGGAGGGAGAUAAAGCCCGACUGAUGUCCCCAACUUUCAACAUAAACACCAAAAGUGUCUCCUCCUCUUCAGCCAGUAAGAAUCCCACCUACUGCUUUACCUUCUACUACCACAUGUUUGGGAAACAUAUAGGAGCUUUGAAUAUUUUCUUGCGGUUGAAAGGUCAGAUGCUCACAGAUACCUUAAUCUGGAGUCUUACUGGUAACCAAGGAAACUACUGGCAGCAGGCAAGGGUUAACAUCCACCCAACCACAACCUUUCAGGUGGUGAUGGAAGGAGUCAGAGGCUCGGGUAUUGAAGGCAAUAUCGCUAUUGAUGAUGUUACCAUUGAGGAGGGCGAGUGCAAAGACUCUCCGUCUAACAAUCUGAAGUCAUUUGCUUCACAGCCAACGUAUUAUGUGUGUCUACUCUACGUCAGUCAAAGUCUGGUGCUGAUUGGCUGGGAGAGGUGACACCAUCAGCACAUUUUCCCUCUUAUUACCUCCCAUGCAAGCUUCCAUGACUUGACUGUGGCCCAAGGGAUCUGUUUUACACCUCACAACAACUGGAAACAGAGCAGAACUGUAUUUGCUCUUUCAAGAGGAAAAUAAAUCCAUCCUUCAGUGGCAUCUUAUCUUGUCAACAGUUCAACCUGUGAUAGGUUUACUUUAAAUCUACUGCUACAGGAAGCUGAAGCUACCUGUCUAAAAAUUCCUUUAAAAUUGAUUAUGUAUGAACAUCAUACACAGUGUGCAUUUAUGUAAUGAAGUGAUGAUUUAUGCUAUGAAAUGUAGUCUGCAUCAGCAGUCUGGUGUGUAGCAUUGUCCAUCACAUUGAACAGUCUUCUGCACUACAACUAAAUUCAGAAAGAAGGCUGAUACAGAAACAGCAGAACAUGUCACAAUAGUAGCUGUCAAGUGAAGAGGAUGAUGUAAAAUUAAUAAAAGUUUAAGUUUUUAUCUUUGUAAACAUUUGUUUAAAUAUUAUUCAAUACUUUAGUCAGGCACUGUAUAAUGAACAUGGCUUCUGUUAGCCUUUAAUGUGGACACUUGAAAACAGACAUCUGACCAGAAGACCCAACUGCAUUAAUUUGUAGUGUCACACUAUUAAUUGGUUCAAAUAUUUUGAACAGGACAAUGAGUUUUUAUGUGGAUAUACAGAAUCAAACAAAUAAUUACUUAUAAUCAAUUCACAACAAAAAAAACAUUUCCCAUAACUUGAGUGGAGUCUCAGUGUGCCCUGUCUGACAUCACUUUCCAACUUAAGCAAACCUGGAAACCAUUUCCUGCUCAAACUGAUGGUUAAGAAAACAAAGCAGCAAUUGGAAGUUCACCGACCAUGUUUUGCCUGUCCCUUAUCUGCUUCCCCUCACCUUUUUGUGCUCUAAUUCAAAAGAUCAGCAGUACUGUAUUGGACACGCAAAAAUAAGUCUCUUUACUCUUUUGACCUAAAGAGGCUUAGAGAAAAAAAAUAAGUAUUUUUAGAGUAUAUUUUAAUGUUGGUCCAUCUGUUAGACAUGAACACCUUCUGCCAUAACAUGAAGUGCCUUAAAAUGAGAGAAGAUUGCCCAAAGACAGCCAGUGACAGACAUUUUUCUGCAUGAUGAAAGGAAAUUUAACCAAUUAGAUUAGACAAGAUUUCGUAUUAGUAUGGAAAUACAAUUUCUCAGCUUGUUUCUUUUUCUUUCUAUUGGGAUAUUAGCAUAAGUGUGACCAUAAGCCAUAUGGAUGGCUGCGAGAAAAAUGGCCAGGAAACAGACUCUUUAAACUUACACCAACUUUCUCAAAUAACCUUUAAUAUGGAAAAUGCAAAACAUAUUAACUAUUUGAGGAACUUUGAAUCCCUUAAAAAGAAAGGAUUUCAUAUUUUUAAUCAAUUGCAUCCAAGCUUUGGACUUGGUGUAUACUAGGGGUUGAAUGACUUAUUUUCUAAAGUCUACUACAACAUGAUAAAAGUCGAGUCAACGUCAACUAGUCGCGGUGAAGUCAUAGUGACGUAAGCACUAAACCCUUCAGAACAACUUAGAGGCUUUAUCAGCUAUAUUCACCACAAAUAUUGAUUAAAACAAUCUGGCCUUUUAUAAGUCUAUUAUGCAGAAUUAAAAGAACAUGAAACAGAUCCAAACACCAGCUGAUACUGAUUACACUGACCACAGUGAUGCUUUUAGAACAUCACAAACCAAACUUAUUAUGAACGGAUUCCGUUUGGUUACAGUUGAAUAAUAGCUGCCACCUGCUGCUCCUCCACCCUGAUGUGCAACAGGACGCUCCGCUGACCCAGCAGCAGCUGUCUUUGUGGGAUGAACCUACAUGCAGACUGCGGCAGAGAUGGCCUCUAUCAGAUCCUCAGAAUGAAGUUUGAACUUCGUUUCCAGAUGUUGUUGAUUAGUAUUUUUAUAAGAGCAUAAAGCUGCCAGGUUAAAAGCUUCAAUACACAGGGUGAUGGUGAUAUCAGCUGGAUGGCUAAAAAAGCCCGACAUCAUGACUUAUGAUGCCACAUUACUCCGGUAGUCUUUUCUUCUUCUUCUUAAAUAAUUUUUUCGGCACUAGUGUAUUUGACAGCAAUCCGUCAGGAGGGGGGCAGGGAGAGAGGAGCGGGGCAGAGAGGCAUGGACCCAGCAAAACGAGGACGGGAGUCAGGCUCCCGACUCCCCGGUCUAUAGUCUCUAUAUGAGCGGCGCCGGGCUAACCACUGCACCACGCAACGUUCCUGUUCCAGUAGCUUUUGCUGAAAUUUUCAGCUUCUCUUUCGUAAAUUAUUUACAUUUUUAUACAAUUUAAAUUAUCUGACAAACUCACCUAAUUCACCUUCUUGGAAAAAUCAGUUUUGUUACGUGAUUGCGACUAGUCGACUAGCCCGUUAAAAAGUCAUUGCAGAGUAAAGAAUCGACUAGUCCACUAGUUGGUGCAACCCCUGUGUAUACAAAUGAGAGCUUCAAAAAGCAUUACAAAACAACAUGACACUUUAAUUUCUUUACAGUUAUUGUUUCAAAGUGUUUGAAUGGCUGAAAGGUAAGCAACUUUAAUGUACUUUAUACUGAUUAACAACAUAAGCACAAAGACAACAUAGUCAAUUGAAAAUGUUCUUCCUUUAAAUUCUAGGAUUUUAUAAGAUGUCUCACUUUGAUUAUUUAUGAAACAAUAAAGAGAAAGACAGACAGAAAAGUAAAAAAAA